UAAUAGACCAGUAGUAUUUGAAUCGGUAUACAAAUAUGGUAUAUCUACAAUGCCUCCCGUUCCCGACAAUCAUAUCCAUACAUCAGCGGACAAUUGGUUUGACAAUCAACGAGUGGAUCACUUUAACACUAGCGAUACCCGUACUUACAAACAGCGAUAUUUUCUAAACGAUAAAUAUUACAAAACGGGUGGACCAGUAUUUCUAGAGGUAUAUGGCGAGGGAGAAGCCAAUGACUAUUAUAUAACAUCGGGUGCUAUCGCAGAGUAUGCCAAUCGGUUUAAUGCAUUGCUAGUAAAUCUGGAACAUCGAUACUAUGGUCAGUCAGUGCCGACUGAGGAUCUAUCGGUUGAAAAUCUAAGAUACCUGACCGUCGAACAGGCCCUGAAAGAUACCGAACAGUUUGUCGGAUAUUUGAAUAAAAAGCUAUCACUUAAUCAUAACAAUACUAAAUGGAUAGCAUUUGGUGUGUCGUAUGCGGGAAAUUUGGUCGCCUAUUUGCGUGAGAAAUACCCGCACGCAGUGGCCGGUUCGGUGGCCAGUAGUGCACCGGUAGACGUACCCUAUGAUUAUAAUCAGUAUUUUGUUGCUGUUAGCAAAUCGUUGGGCACCGAGUGCUCAAAUCAAGUCAGACUAGCUGUCAAUCAAUUGGAGGACCAGUUGCGGACACCGGAGGGUUGGCAGUCAAUGGCCAAAGAGCUGAAUCUGUGCGCACCGUUGAACGGUACGGAUAAGCUAUCGGUAAACUUGUUAAUGUUUACGCUGACCGCACCGUUUGGUUCGGCCGCCCAAUACAAUGGUCUGCGAAAUUUUCUGGGCGUAGCACAGGUAUGUGCGGUGAUGACCAACGGUAAGGAUGUAUGGACACCAUUGCAACGAUACGCCAAAGUUGUCGGACAGUAUUUCAAGGGCGGAUGCCUUCCCGUUGAUUACAGCCAACAGAUUCAACUGUUUCGUAAUGUAGAGAAAACAGCGCCUCUAGUCUUAGCCGGGGUCCGUCAAUGGUAUUACCAGAUGUGCUCACAGAUUGGCUACUUUUGGACUACCGAUCAAACGGACACACCGUUCGGCCAUAACAUACCCAUUGAUUACUAUUUGAAUCUAUGCGCCGAUGUUUAUGGCAAACAGUUUACCCGGGAGUACAUGAAAAAAUCGGUCGACAGGUUUAACUCAAAUUAUGGCGGUUUCAAACCUAACGUUACGAAUGUAGUGUUUCCUAACGGUGCUGUCGAUCCCUAUCAUGAGCUGAGUAUAGUCAAGGAUCUGAACAACAGUACCCGAGCUAUACUAAUGAAAACUACUGGUCACGGAUCAGAUAUAUUUCCAACACAAUUCACUGAUCCACGGGAGCUAACCGAUGCCCGACUGGCCAUUCAAAAACAAAUACAAUUAUAUAAACUAAGUUUAUAA